AUGCGUUCCUAUCUUCUUGGCGGCGCUGUGGCCCUGAGCUCCGCGCUCGGUGCCUCCGCCGCAGCCUCCACCAAGACUUCCGCCUACAGUGAUUCGGUCUCCGGCAUGGAUUUCCAGAGGUGGUGUGACGCUGAUACCGGUUUCUGUUUCGGUAUCGCUCUCCCUGAGACCGUGGAGAAGAGUUUCAUCGGUCAGCUGAGCGUGCCCCUCUCCAGCGCUAAGGGAUGGGGUGGUGUCAGUAUGUCUGGCUCCAUGACCAAGGCCCUGCUCAUCGCAGCCUGGCCCAACGCCAACGGUGACGCUGCCGUCGGCACUCUUCGUGAGACCAGUGCCUACUCCAGCCCCGAAGUUUACAGUGGCGAUGCCAGCAUCCUCGAAAUCCCCGAGGGCACCUCUAUCAACAGCACCUUCCUCACCUAUACCUUCCUGUGUGAGAACUGUAUUCUUGGCGAGCCUACUACCUUCGGCGCCACCGAAGACACCUACUACUUCGGCUGGGGUCUCAGUAAGACCAGCCCCACCAGCCCUUCCUCCGCUUCUUCUGCCAUGCCUUUCCACGGAGCCGGUUACGGUGGCUUCCAAGUCCUGCUGUCCAAGGCCAAGUCUUCCAGCUAUGCCACCUGGGCUGCCAAGGCUGUCUCCAGCACAUCUACUGCUUCUUCUUCCGCCUCAGUCACCAGCCCGUCCGCCAGCGCAUCGGCCAGUGUUGUUGCCACGGUUUCGAACACAACCUAUGACUACAUCGUUGUCGGAGGCGGUGCUGCCGGUAUCGUUGCCGCCGAGCGUCUGGCCGAGACUAAGAAGAAGGUCCUCUUGAUUGAGCGUGGUGUGGCUCCUACCACCGAGUUGGGUGCCUCUGGUGCCCUUUCCUGGAACUCUUCUAUGACCGCUUUCGAUAUCCCGGCCCUAGGCAGCUCUCUCACCUCUCUCGGCCUGAUGGGCGACUACCUCUGUGACGAUACUGCGGGUAUGGCCGGCUGCGUUCUUGGUGGUGGUACCAUUGUCAACGCCGAGUCUUUCAUCCACCCGCCCGCGGCCGACUUCGACGACAAGUGGCCCACCGGCUGGAAGUGGAAGGACGUUCAGGCGGCCGCUAACCGUCUCUACGAGCUCAACCCUGGCAGCACUCUUCCCUCGGCCGACGGCAAGCGCUACGACCAGGGCAUGUACACUGUCCUUUCCAACUUCUUGAAGGGUCUUGGCUGGAAGUCCGUCGACUCCCAGAAGGAGCCCAACGAGAAGCACAUGGUGUACAGUUACCCCUCCUGGGAUGUCGGCAAUGGUAUCCGUGCUGGUCCCGUGCGCUCUUACCUUCCCUUGGUUCAGGACCUCGACAACUUCACCCUUCGCUUGAGCACCAAGGUCCGCCGUCUCGUGCGCCGCAGCGCCCGCGUGACGGGUGUUGAGGUCGAGACUAGCUCUGGUGGCAUUGAGAUUAUCAGCCUCAACGCUGGUGGUAAGGUUGUCCUUGCUGCGGGUUCCAUGUCUACCCCUCGCAUUCUGUUCAACUCCGGUAUUGGCCCCACUGAGCAGAUCAACACCGUCAAGAGCGGUAGCACUGGCAUCACCCUUCCUCCUUCCUCUGAGUGGAUCCACCUGCCUGUCGGCCAAAACCUCCGUGACCACCCCAUGUUCACUGUCACUGUCAACACCAACAGCAACUUCACUCACUUCAACACCUCUGGCGUCGUUCCUGGCCCCAGUGCCGCCGUCCAGAAGCUGUUCGCUGAGGGCUCCGGUGUCCUCACCCAGGGUGGCCACCGUCUCCAGUUCUGGACCUCCAACGUCGGAACAGAUGGCAUUACCCGUUUCUUCCAGGCUUCUUGCAGCACCAGCAAGGACGGCGCCAUCACCAUGAAGCUGUACCUGACCCACGGUGCCACCUCGACUGGUGUUCUUGGCAUUGACGGUUCCGGUACCACCACUCUCGAGACCGAUCCUUGGUUGCAGACUGCCGCCGACAAGGAAGCCACGACCCGCUUCUUCCAGAGCUUGAUCGACGACAUCAGCAACUCCACCUCCGGCUUCUCCAUCUCCGGUGACCUGACUGCUUCUGGUAUUCUGAACCUGAUGACCAGCGGUGACCACUUCGUCGGUACCGCGAAGAUCGGCACUGACGAUGGACGCGUCGGUAACGGUACUUCUGUUGUUGACCUCAACACCAAGGUUUAUGGUACCGAGAACUUGUACAUUGUUGACGCCAGUAUCCACCCCGAUCUUCCCACCGGUAACACUCAGGCCAUCGUCAUGGUCGCCGCGGAGGCCGCUGUGGCCCGCAUCAUCGCCCAGGGCACGGACAGUGUCAGCGUUGCCAGCUCUUCGGUUGCUGCCUCUGCGCCUACCACCGCCGCCGCCUAUGCCUCUGCCGCUGAAUCGUCUGCUGCCGUGAGCGUUGCGACGGCCGCUGCCGAGACCAGCGCUACCAGCGUCACCGCCGAGGCCACCGCCACCUCUACCUCCGCGUCUGGCUCUUCUUCCAGCUCUGCCUCGACCUCUGACGAGGGUGACGAUGACGAGGAUCUGCCCGACUGUGACGACGAGGAUGAUGAGACUGAGGCCGAGGAUACCUUCGCGCCCUCUGCCUUGGUGACCGCCCACAAGGCUGUUGUUACCCACGCCGAUUCUGGAGUCUCGACCACGACCGUGUGGGUGACUUCGACCGCGUGGGCUACGACGACCUCAGCCGUUGUCACCACCACUACUUCUACCGUCACCGUUUGGCCUACCUACGCCUAGAUAGGCUUGUGAAUCGGUACGUCUGUCAGUGGUGGUUGCGGAUAUAAUUGUAUAGCCAGAUAUCUACCGUUCGAUUCCAUGUAUUUAGAC